AUGGAAUACGGUCUUUCGGUUCGUGGCCGAGAGGCGGCCCAGCCGGACCCCGGUAUGCUUCUCUGGGCCAUCGUCCGCGAUCUCUGGGACCCCAAGACGAACCCGACGGGCUAUGUUAGCCUCGGUAUAGCGGAGAACUCGCUCAUGCACGAGAGGCUGUCGGAGCACAUCCACAAUAAUCUCGCCGUACCAACGCACUCGUUCACGUAUGGAGAUGGCAUGACGGGAUCUAAGCGACUAAAGGGCUCUAUCUCGCGGUUCUUGACUGAUCGCUUCAAGCCUCUCACUGCCAUCCAGCCGGAACACAUCGCGGUUACCAACGGCUGCAGUUCGGCGAUAGAGCAUCUCGUCUGGGCUCUGGGAAACCCCGGAGAAGGGUUCCUUCUGGGCCAGCCUCACUACGGUGCUUUUAUUCCGGACGUGGAGUACCGAACAGGCUGCAAACUCGUGCGGGUGCCGUUCCACGGUCUCGACCCGCUCGGAGUUGAUGCCGUGCAGAAAUACGAAGAUGCAUUGCUGGCCUCCCAGGCCAAGGGGGUUAAGAUCGCUGGUCUCAUCCUGUGCCAUCCUCACAACCCUCUGGGGCGAUGUUAUCCGCGAGAGGUGAUUGUUGAUUUGAUGCGGCUGUGCCAGAAGUACGACGUCCAUCUCAUUAGCGAUGAGAUCUACGGCCUGUCCGUCUGGAGCAACACAAUCGACACUCAACCCGGGCCUGUCCCUUUCGAGUCCUGUCUAUCCAUUGAUACGACGGGCAUCAUGGACGCCCACCGCCUCCAUGUCCUCUGGGGUAUGUCCAAGGACUUUGGAGCAAAUGGAAUCAGAAUUGGGGCCAUCAUCUCUCAACACAACCCUUCCUUCCAUGAUUCUUUGAUACCCGUUGGUAUCUACAGUUCUCCGUCCUCGAUAUCAGACCACAUUACUGCAAAUAUACUCGACGACACCGACUGGGUGAACGGCUACAUUGCUGAGAAUCAACAGAAACUUCAAGAGCAUUUCGAGCUGGUGGUGCAGUGGGCCAAUACGAAUGACAUCGUUUAUGCACCUGGCGCGAAUGCUGCGUUCUUCUUGUGGGUCGACCUGGGCAAGGCAUAUCGUGAGCGGCAUCCGGACAGAGAGAGCGAAGACAUUAGCAAAGAAGUCAUGGAUGUGUUGCUUCAGAACAAGGUAUUCAUUGCAUCUGGCCUGCAAUUUGGCUCCGAGCAGCCGGGUUGGUUCAGGAUUGUGUUCUCGAAUAAGAAGGAGCUGCUGCUUGAGGGAUUAGACCGCAUUGCAAAGGCGAUAAACAACUAG